AUGGCACUGAAGCGGAUACAGAAAGAGCUAAGUGAUCUGCAGCGAGACCCCCCAGCCCACUGCUCUGCUGGACCUGUUGGAGAUGACUUGUUUCACUGGCAAGCGACAAUUAUGGGACCUCCUGAUAGUGCAUAUCAAGGGGGAGUUUUUUUCCUCACGGUACACUUCCCAACAGACUAUCCUUUCAAGCCACCAAAGAUUGCUUUUACAACAAAAAUAUACCACCCAAAUAUAAACAGUAAUGGGAGUAUUUGUCUUGAUAUCCUGAGAUCCCAGUGGUCACCAGCUCUGACUGUAUCUAAAGUUUUAUUGUCCAUAUGCUCGUUACUCUGCGAUCCUAAUCCUGAUGAUCCUCUAGUACCAGAUAUUGCACAGAUCUACAAGUCAGACAAGGAAAAGUACAACAGACAAGCAAGAGAAUGGACUCAGAAAUAUGCAAUGUAG